UCCCGCGUCCCGCCUCCGCCGCCGGGUUCGGGGGCGGGGCUUCCCUCCAACCUGCGCUGCUCCAACAUGGCUCCGCGGCUGUGCAGCAUCUCUGCGGCGGCGCGGCGGCUGCUGGGGUGUCCGGGGCCCCGCGCUGGGGAUGCCGUGACGGCGGCGCGCUUCUAUUCCAAGGACAAUGAAGGCAGCUGGUUCCGCUCCCUCUUUGUGCACAAGGUGGAUCCCCGGAAGGAUGCCCACUCCACGCUGCUGUCCAAGAAGGAGACUAGCAACCUCUACAAGAUUCAGUUUCACAACGUGAAGCCCGAGUGUCUGGAUGCCUACAACAAUCUCACGGAGGCAGUGCUGCCCAAGCUCCACCUGGACGAGGACUACCCCUGCUCGCUCGUGGGCAACUGGAAUACGUGGUACGGGGAGCAGGACCAGGCAGUGCACCUGUGGCGCUUCUCAGGCGGUUACCCAGCCCUCAUGGACUGCAUGAACAAGCUCAAAAACAACAAGGAGUACCUAGAGUUCCGGAAGGAGCGGAGCCGGAUGCUGCUGUCCAGGAGAAACCAGAUGCUCCUCGAGUUCAGCUUCUGGAACGAGCCCCAGCCCAGAGCAGGCCCCAACAUCUAUGAGCUGCGGACAUACAAGCUGAAGCCAGGAACCAUGAUCGAAUGGGGGAACAACUGGGCUCGGGCCAUCAAGUACCGGCAGGAGAACCAGGAGGCGGUGGGCGGCUUCUUCUCACAAAUAGGAGAGCUCUACGUGGUACACCAUCUCUGGGCCUAUAAAGACCUGCAGUCUCGGGAGGAGACUCGGAACGCUGCCUGGAGGAAGAGGGGCUGGGACCAAAACGUCUACUAUACAGUCCCCUUGGUGCGACACAUGGAGUCUCGGAUCAUGAUCCCCUUGAAGAUAUCUCCUCUUCAGUGACGCAGCUGCUGCCGCCACCGCCCCCUCUCCCCAGGGCAGCCACGCGCGGAGGAGCUGUGGGGCCUUCCAUCUCCCGGAUCUGGGAGGACUCUGGGAGCAGGGGCAUCCUCUCAUAGUGCUCAGCUUAGAGAAGGGGGAGCUAAAGAUGUUCCGGGUUCUGAGGACUUCAUAGACCCUUUCCACCCACCCCUACUUUCCCCCUCCCCCCAUCCCUGGGCUAAAAGCAGGUUUUAAUUUCUCUGAAUGAAGAACAGCAACCUUUCCUGUCUUCUCUUUCUCCUAAGAUUCGUCAUCCCCAAGCCACCAGUCCCUAAUUUUCAUGACAGAAUCCUCUAUUUUGUGACCAUGGCACAAAGUGUAGUGAAGCAUGACUGGUGGUUAGAAGUGGGUGGGAGGGUUGGAUGGCAGACCAAGCCAGGCUCUCAGGAAUUCCCUGGUUUCCACGGGGCUGUUAACCCAUUUUCUGAACAGUCCCUUUGACUGGAGAAAAGUCUCGAACUGGCUGAAAAAUAAAGGAAGUUAGCACUCAAGUUAGCACUGUUAGCUAGAGGGCUCCAAGCUAUCCCCAAGAGGAUGGAAGCUGGGAAGGAUGUGGGGGGUAGGAAACAGACUGGCAUAGGAACCCAGAAGGUAGAAUUGGAAUUGAGAGCCUGGAUUUAAGAUGCAGCAAUUAGAAUAUGGUACUGUGCCCAAGGAUGUACAGAAUGGUACAGCACUGUGUGUGUGGGUUCCUGGGUUCUAUCCCUGGCACUGCCAAAAAAAUAAAUAAAUAAUUGGGAAACUAGUGAUGAGAGGUCACUUGGUGGAGGGUUCCUAAUAAAAGACAUGGAUGGGGCCAGAGUGAUAGUACACUUGUCCAGCACAUGGUCAACCCUGGUUUGAUUCCCUGCGUCAUUUCUGAUCCCAGGGGCCCUGACAGGAUUGAUCCCUGGGCACAGAGCAAGAUAUAAGCCCAGAGCUACACUAGGUGUCCCCCUCCCCCCAAAAAAAUCAACAAAAAAACAAAAGCAAAAAGACAUGGAGAGAAGCUCAUCUGUUCCAUCAGUAUAAUAAGUUGAGAACUUGGAUGGAAAGUUCCAGCAUUUCUGUGUUGGGAGAGUCUCCUGUCCUCCAGGCACAGCUAUAGGCCCAGCCCUAGUUUUCCAUCACCCCACAUUCUUUUCUCCCUCUCACAGUCUAUAAUCCCAACUCUCAUUCCUUACGGUCCCCAACUGUAUGGUGCAGGGUCAGUGAUUUUGGAGGGAGGGGGCUCCUCAUUGACCCUGUCACCUCAUAAACCCCUGGGUCACUUGAUUCUGCCACCCUUUUUGGAAAACUUGUUCUGAAGUCGCUGAUGGAACCAAUUAAAUAUUUACUAUAAA